UUUAGUUCCGGUUGAAAUCGUUCCUGAAAUUUCCUCUCAGUGUUUUGCUGUUAUCUCUCCGGAAAUUCAUAUAAUUCAUAUAAAACAAUAAGAAACGUGCGAUAUAUCAAGAUGGCGUAUUCAGUGAAGGAGGCACAGAGGGCCUACCAUUUGGUGAAAAAGCGACAAAAAGAGCAAGAAGAUGCUGAGAUGAGGAAGAAAAAAAUUGAAGAAGAGUUGAAACUUGGAAAUAUUCACAACAAGUUUGCAAGUCAUUACGAUGCAGUGGAGCAGAAACUUAAGUCUGAUACAAUAGGUCUUGUUACUUUGGAUGAGAUGAAGGCAAAACAGGAAGAUGUGAUUAGAGAACGUGAGAAACAGCUGGCAAUAGAUAAUGCUGAGGCACGUCUUAAAACCAAACAAGAAAAAGAGAAGAAAAGAAAGGAUAAAAAACAAAAAGCUGCCUUGUCAUUUGACCCAGAUGAGGAGGAAGAGGAAGAAGAAGAUGAAGAAACAGUUGUCAAGGUGAAACAAGAGAAAACAGAUGAUGAUGAUGCAGGUCCUGCUUUCAAAAAGAAGAGAUUUGGCAAGAAUCCAGAUGUUGACACAAGCUUCCUUCCAGACAGAGACAGGGAAGAGGAAGAUAACGUGCUCAGAGAGGAGCUAAGGAGGGAAUGGGCAGAUAAACAAGCAAAGAUAAAAAGUGAACCAAUAGAAAUAACUUACAGUUACUGGGAUGGCUCUGGACACCGGCGUCAAGCUCGCAUGAAAAAGGGCAACAGUAUCCAGCAAUUCUUAUUACGAUGUCUCGAAAAUCUGCGCAAAGAUUUUAAUGAACUAAAAGCAGUAACUGUUGACCAGUUGAUGUACGUCAAAGAAGAUCUUAUCAUCCCCCAUCAUUAUACAUUUUAUGACUUUAUCGUGACAAAAGCCCGUGGAAAAAGUGGACCGUUGUUUAAUUUUGACGUUCAUGAUGAUAUUCGUAUUAUAAGUGACUCUAGGAUUGAGAAGGACGAGUCUCAUGCUGGAAAAGUAACAUUGAGAAGCUGGUAUGAGAGGAAUAAACAUAUUUUCCCUGCGAGUCGUUGGGAGCCAUAUGACCCUGAGAAAAGUUGGGAACAUUAUACUGUAUCUGAUAAAGAAGCAGCAAAAAUUGUUGUAAAAUAAAAUCAUAUACAGAGUGGCCAAAAAAUAACAAGACAAAUUCGGGUAUCUGUGACGUCUCUUAAUAAAUGUGGAAAUGUUAGAAUGUUAUUUUAUUCUAUAGUAAUACUUUCCAAUGUAAACAAUCAAUGAGGAAUAAAUAUAUACAUUAUUUAUUGUAUAUUCCAUUUUAU